AAUAAAUAUCAAAUACUAUCCUGGCUCACGGAGGACCAGCUGCACAUAUCAUAUUCUGGGAAUCAGGUUCAACAACAACCAGGAAAUGUCAAACAUGGUGUUUGCAUUUUUGGCACUCCUCUCCUUUCUGUUGCUCCAAUCCUCAUCCUGUAGAGGCAGUAAGAUCCUGGUGGUGCCUGUGGAUGGCAGCCACUGGAUCAACAUGAAGAUUAUCCUUGAAGAGCUUCACUCCAGGGGCCACGAAAUCACAGUUCUGCGCUCCGCCAAAAGCUGGUUCAUCCCCAGUGACUCCCCCAUUUAUACCUCCAUCGAUAUCCCAAUGUUGGAGGAUGAGGCAGACAGAGACUUUUACAUUGAAAUGAUCCAGGAAGUGAUGGCUCGCCGCAGCUACCCUGCUUUUAUACGCACGUUUUACCAACAGCACUUGAUUACAUCUGGAAUGGCAGACUGUCAUAAGAUUCUGGCCAAGUCAGCUGCUAAAAUUUUAGAGGACGCAGUGUUAAUGAAGAGGUUGCAGGACACUAAAUUUGACAUAAUAUUGACAGACCCUGCAUUUUCUUUGGGGAUUAUUCUGGGUAGUUACCUCAAGCUGCCGAUGGUCUUUAAUGUUCGCUGGAUUAACACAGGAGAGGGGCAUUUUACCAUGGCUCCUUCUCCUGUAUCCUAUGUCCCCAUAUCAGGAAGUCAACUUCACGAUCAGAUGGAUUUUCUGGAGAGGAUAAAGAAUAUGUUGCAUUAUCUCUACGGUGUUUAUGAGCAAUACGUCGUCAUUAACCCAGCAUACUCAGAGCUCUUCCAGAAGCACUUCCCUCCUGGGACUGACUUGGUAUCUCUGGAGCUCUCAGCUGAUAUCUGGCUUUUCAGGGCAGAUUUUGUGUUUGAGUUUCCUCGGCCCACCAUGCCCAAUGUGGUGUACAUAGGGGGGUUCCAGUGCAAGGAGGCUAAACCUCUCCCUGAUGAUUUGGAAGCAUUCAUGGAGAGUUCUGGGGAACAUGGAGUGGUGGUCAUGUCUCUGGGAACACUGGUUUCAGCUUUACCUCCUGGGAUCACAGAAGCCAUCGCUGCUGCUUUUGCUCAACUCCCUCAGAAGGUGAUUUGGCGUUUUGAAGGUGAAAAACCAACGUCUCUGGGAAAUAACACCCGGCUGGUAAAGUGGCUGCCCCAGAAGGAUCUCCUUGGACACCCUAAGACAAGAGUCUUUAUAGCCCAUGGAGGGACCAAUGGCAUGUAUGAAGCCAUCUAUCACGGUGUUCCUGUUUUGGGCUUGCCCCUCCUUUUUGAUCAGUUUGACAACCUACUCAGACUGAAGGUGCGCGGUGCAGCUCGGGUGAUGGAGGUCCGAUCUCUGACCAAAGACAAUUUCCUGGAGGCUCUGAAGGACCUCUUAGAGAAUCCGUCUUACCGUAACAGCAUCCAGCGCCUCUCUCGGCUACACCGUGACCGACCAAUGUCUCCAAUGGACACAGCAAUCUUCUGGAUUGAGUACGUCAUCAGGAACAAAGGAGCUGGCCACCUAAAGUCAGCGGGUUUCAGUCUGCCUUGGUAUUCCUACUUCUGCCUAGAUGUAGCAGUCUUCAUAUUUGUCAUAAUUGGAGCCUUCAUCUGGGGUUCAGUCUUGGUCUGUAGGUUACUCUGCUGCAGGAGGUCCCACAAGAAGAUGAAACCAGAGUAAUCUACCAAUAAAGUAACUCUCAUAACUUUAUAAAAGAAGUGAAUGUAGUCUAACAUUACCAUGUUUUAUAUUGUACAGUACAAAUAUUUACACCCCAUUCACUAAUUUGAUUUACAAUAUUAAAACACUUGAACAACA